GCAGUGUGUGUUAAAAUUAUCCACCUAAAGCCAAUCCUCCUCAAGCUGAUCAGUGCACUGAAUGGACUAACCAGCUUGAGGACUUCAAACUCGCAGGCAGUAGGUAAGGGCAGUCUGGGAUUUGAUGGAUGGUUAGAAGCCGAAGUUAAAAGGAUUAUUCUCAGCUGCCGAGCAGAGAAGGUCCUUGGAGCCAAGAGGGAUCACCUGCCUGGCGGUGGCCCAACAUCUCAUCCCCGAGACGGUGGAGGAAGCUAUCAGGAGCCAUCAACUUUCACAGCCGGUUAACUCACCAUGGAGCCAAAAGAGCUUGUAUGAUUUGAAGAUACACUGCUAAAGAGUUUGGCAGCACCCUUUGUGUGUUGUUGGAAUACUCCCUUGGAGCUUGUCCUCUGAAAGAUAUUUAUGUGGAGGAGAUUUCAUCUGCAGUUGUUUUGUUGACAUGCUUUGCCCUAACGCCCUUCAAUCCAGCGCCAAUGACCUCCAUUCAUGGUGUUUGUCACAAGAAAACUAAAGCCAGGGAGGACUGUCGGUUGUCGAGGAAUAGCUUGGAUUCCAAACAAAUAUGGCCAGAGACGAUAGUCUUCUAAGCCUCAUGCCUUUGUUCUCAAGGCACCAGCAAUGGGUCGGAGCCACUCUAGGAUUGGUCCUACCGCUUUUCCCCCUUCGCCCUCUAAUUUUCUAUUACUUCCUGUCAUGUGCAGCAGCAGCAGGUAGUUUACCUGGCAUAGAAUAUGACUAUGGCAUUAGCCCCAAGUUCGUUUGCACUCCCAUCCCCCCAGAGGCAGAUCCCAGCUGCUAUUCUCCACCCAGCGUGCCCCACGGACCGAGCAGUACCGGCCAAAGCAGCAGCCCCAACGGCAACAGUCGGCGAGUCAUGAUGUCCGACGAGGCCAAAGCCACCAUCUUGCACCUGCGCGAGAGCCUCGUGAGGCAGAAGGAAACCAUCCUGGACCAGCGGGAGACCAUCCGAGAGCUAACCGCCAAGCUCACCUUGUGCGAGGGCUUCGGGGGUCACCACGGCACCGGUCAUCAAGACAGCCACCACAACAACCACCACGACACCCACCACGACACCCACCACGACACCCACCACGACACCCACCACGACAACCAUCACGACAACCAUCACGACAACCAUCACGACAACCAUCACGACAACCAUCAUGACAACCAUGACCACCACGGACAACAUGGCACUCAUCAUACGCCUUCUUCGUCGCACCACGGGCCUUCAGGAUACCACAGCAACGAUCACCACUAUUCCCACGGCGGCCACAGGUCAGACCCCCACCACGGGAAGGGCUCAUCGUACAGCAAACACAGCUCCUUCUCACCAGAACAGACCGGAAAAACCCUGCAGACCCUGAAGGAGAGGCUGGAGAGCUUGCAGGCCAGGAACUCCUCCAGCUCCUACUCCAGCUCCUUGAGAGAACUCCUCCAGCGGAAGAUCAACGCUCUGGAGGAGCAACUGCACAGCUACUACAGUGAUCACCAUGACGACCACCACGGCAACCACCACGACGACCACCAUGGUACCGGCCACCAUGACAACCACCACGAUGACCACCACGAUGACCACCACGAUGACCACCACGAUGACCACCACCGUACCGGUCACCAUGACAACCACCACAGCAGUCAUCACAGCAGCCACUACGGUACCCACAGGUACAGCCACCACGGCAGGCACCACAGUCGUCAUGACGAUCACCACUAUGACCGCCAUCACAACUGGAGCCAUGGUAGGCAUCGUAGUCACCAUGGCAACCACCACUCCGGCCACCGUGACAGUCACCACGGCGACCAUCACGAUGACCACUAUGGUCAUCACAACGAUCGCCACAAUGACCACCAUAACGAUCACCACAACGACCACCACUAUGACCAUCAUGACGACCACCAUAAUGAUCACCAUGACGACCACCACUAUGACCAUCAUGACGACCACCAUAAUGAUCACCAUGACGACCACCACUAUGACCACCAUAAUGAUCACAAUAACGACCACCACAAUGAUCACCAUGACGAUCACCAUGACUAUCACCGUGGACCUGGACACCAUGAUGACCACCAUGAUGAUCACCAUGACAACCACCAUGACUACGACCACCAUUAUGAUGAUCAUCAUGCGCGACGACUGCCCUUCACCAGCAAAGAAACGAGGCUGCAAGGUGCCGGCCACAGCAAGCUGGAAACGGUGUUCAGCCAGCUGCACCACAGCAACAGUGACCAUGGAAACCACAAGAAGCUCAAGAAUCCCAACGCUUUCCUACUCGACUUCCCCAUGAGGACCAACUACAUGUAUGCCAGGAUGAAGCGGUCUGUGGUCAACGAGCUCUUCGCCUUGACUAUCUGUGUGUGGCUGAAGGCGGGUGCAGGUCCUGGUCUCGGUACUCCCUUCUCCUACGCCGUCCCCGGGCAGGCUAACGAGCUGGUGCUUAUGGAGUGGGGCACCAACCCUAUGGAGCUGCUAAUUAAUGACAAGGCGGUGACUCUGCCCAUAACCAUGACCGACGGGAAGUGGCAUCACGUGUGCGUGACGUGGUCGACCCGUGACGGCAUCUGGGAGGCCUACCAGGAUGGAGUGAAGAAAGGCUCUGGGCAGAACCUUUCAGCCUGGCAGCCCAUCAAACCAGGAGGGAUUUUCAUCCUGGGUCAGGAACAGUCUCGUCUCUUCUCUCCACAGGACACAAUGGGAGGCCGCUUCGACGUCACCCAGUCCUUCGUGGGGGAGCUGUCGGAUCUCCAGUUCUGGUCCAGAGUCCUGACGUCCAACGAGAUCUACAACCAGGCGACCUGCGGAGGCCACUUCGUCGGUGACGUCAUGUCGUGGUCGGAGGAAGUGGUGGAGCUCCACGGAGGCCUCACCGAGCUCGAUUUUGACCCCUGCCACUAAAGAUGGACAUCGAACCUCACAUCCCUGGAGUUGUAGGAUCAUCAUUUCCAUUUAACCGAUUACAUGCCUGUGUCAAAAGAAUUGAUUGGAGAAUGGAAAAAUACCGUUUGGUCGUGGAUCAAGAAUGGAGCAAUCAUUUAUUUCAUCUCUGUGCUGCAGAACUUUAAUAAUACAAGGUCAGCCGCUGGCAACAGGCAAGAGCAAGGAGUUCUUUUCUUUUUUCUAUAUAUUUCUAUAUAUUUUUUGCCAUUCCCGUCCGAUCUCUCUGCCUUCUCCACCUACACCCUCACUUCUUCGCUCUGCCGCUCUGAGCAGGACGGCUUUGAAGGCUCCAAAGAGCGCGGGGCUUUGGAUUUACCGGCUGUGUGGUCAUGACUCCAUGGGAUCCAACACACAUAAUAGGAUUUCCUUCCAUCAGAACAGGUCCAAAGGUUGCUGUUCGCCAUUAACUUGCCUGCGCCAGCUUGUUUUGUUUGGUAUGUGAGCAACAGAAACAUUGCAGGAGGUGAAAGAGUGACUAGAGGAGCGCAGGAGAGCUUACGAAUCGAGCCACACAGACACCUCAGCGGAGAUGACUGCACACAUUGAAUCAUGUAUCUGCUUGCAGUUCUGUUAUGAUACAGGAGAAUGUUGUUGCGUGACGUUUUUACAGUGCAGGUCAGAUUUGGCGCAGCGUUAGCUCAAUGUAUCAAUGUGGACUUUGCACACAGAGGUUUUGGCAGACGGUUUUAUAUUAGUAUUUCAUAUUGAAAACUCUACAACAGGCUUUUUUUGUAGAAAGAAGAUCAAACAUGCUUUUGAGGCGAAUGCAACACUUGUGUUAUGUGUCUCAUGACUGCGAGUGAUGUGUUUUAUCAGUGCAGGACUGGAUGUGCUUCACACUUUGUGUUUUCUCUGUUUGUGAGCUGUCAGAGGGGCUGUUACAUAAGAAGCAACGCGGCUCAAUGUCAGACGUGAUGUUACAGCCACGAGCCACCGAUGCAGGUUAACCAGCCCUCAACGUGCCAUCACGGUAAUGCUCAUGUCUCCUUGGCAACCGCUUGGCUUACAGUGGGAUUUAGCAUCUGAUCUGAUCCUGUCUAUUUCCGAGCAGCUCAAACACCGCGACAGAGGAACACACUCGGAGAAGCUGAAGACGUAAAGACUGUUUGUAGCGGCACUUUUUUUCUAACAGAGGGGUGGUUUUUUUUUUGUACAUGUAAAUUAUACCAGAUAGUCUGUUUUUAACUAUUAAAAGGAAUUAUUAUUGUAUUUCUUACAGUGUAAAUAAGUACAUAGCUCUUUCUUAACCUUGAUUUAACCUUGUGUUUGUUUGUAAAGCACAUCUUUGGACGUACACUGACUGAUAUUUAUUCGCUUCUUCUAACCCCCCAGGUAAAACUCAGACUGCCCUGCACUGAACUUACUGGUGGUAAAAAAAAGAAAAAGGGGGGUGUCUGUUGUUGCCAUUACGAUAAAGUCCCUCAGCAUCAGGACCACAAUGUUGUCACGCUACAGCUGUAAAUAUCUGCAAAAUGUUUCUUUGACUGGAAUGCCAAGACGAGCAACACGUUGAAACCAUGCUCCUGUUCUCCUCUCAUGAUAGUGGGCCAAAUGCACGUACGUUUUUUCUGUUACUUAGACCUCACUUUAUACACCUCCUCAGUGUGUAGUUUGUAAGGUGAAUUUAUGCAUCAUUAACAUAAAGACUUGCUUAUCCUCGCCUUUGGUGUACAGUUUAACGUUUAAUAGGGGAUUUUGUUUGUUUAUUCUCGUGUCUUUGGCUGUAAAUAUAUAAAGUAUUGCGAUGUGUUCAAUCAACAGUCCCUCCCUCAUGUGUAAGCCAAAACUAUAAACUUGUAAAAUUGUAAAACUUGAAAGAGGAAGAAAAUGCACUAUAAAUGCUGUAAAGUAUGUGUAAAUAUGUCAGAAAUUUUGAAUAAAACUAUUUAAAAUAUUUUAUGAAUUCAAA